CACGUGUCAUUGACGUCAAUAGAUCGCGACAUAUUCGUCGAGUGACCCACGUGACACCGAUGUCCGGAACCUUGAAAACUCUGAUAAAUGGAGGUAUGAAGAUCUUCCUGCGGCCUCUGUACUGCACCAGAGCAGCGAGGAGCUCACCCCAGGAGGGCAGCCAUGGAGCGUUCACCACCCCAGAGCAGCAGCUGCCUCAUGUCCCGCUCUGGGAGGAAGUGCAGCCUGAUGCCAGCCAUGCCCCUGCGCCGAGCUGCACACCCAGUGACGCCAAGAAGAGGGGCCGACGAGACAGUGCAAACUUCUUAAAGCCUGAAGUUGCUGUGGAGCGCCUGCAGGCCACGGACAGUAUCAUCUCCAUUGUGUUUGGACUGAAGAGACUGGCCUGGGCUCAUGUGGACCGCACCCUGACUGUGAGAGACUGGCAGCAACAUGAAUGGUACCUGAUGGCAAAGGGGAGACAGCCCACUGAUCUCUACCUGGAAGAUGUGUCUUCAGCAGUCUCUAAGCUCCCAGCAGCAGACAUCUACAUCCUUGAGAGAAGCUCGCUGUCUGCCCAGAACGCCUCCAUGUUUCCUGUGAUGUUGCACCUGCGGAUAGUGGAAGCCAUGUUGUACACGCUGCUGAACCCUGCUUAUGUGGUGGCGCGGGAGCACAGGGUCUUCAGCAUGGCCAGGACCACAGUGGGAAAGCAUUUUGGCAUCAUGGUGGGUGGGUGUAAAACGAGCGGCGUGGACUUAGUGCAGCAGCUGGUGCAAGAGGCCGGGACCCUGGAGCAGCCGCGGCUCCGCCUCACACCGGACCUCCUUCUCCAGUACAAGCACAAGUUCCUGCCCAGAGGACAGAACCGGAACGAGGAGCUGUGCGACGCUCUGCUGCAGGCCAUCGCCUUCUAUGAGCUCAUCAGGAACGACUCUACCGUCUGAGGGCGUAGCGAAUCCCCUCAGCUGACCUCCUCUGUGCUGCUGCUGGACGAUCAGCAUGGCCACUGCCCGAGUGAUAGGGAUGCAGAUGAGCUCUUAGCAAGCUCCACCUCUGGUGCCACCAGAUGGCAGCGAUUCUACAAACAGGCCUUGAGACAUGACUAGCCAGCACCCAGUUCUCUCUGCUGAGAGGCAAUCAUCUGAAACAGCUGUCUGCAGAUGGGGUGCUGGCUUAUUUAGUAUCCCAGUCACAUCUUAAGGCCUGUUUAAAAGGUUAGACAUUGACUUAUGGCAUCGCUGCCAUCAGAGGCGGAGCGUGUUAAAGGGGUUGUUAAGAGCUGAAAUCAGAUGUAUCCCCAUUUUCAUCCAAGCAGCCCCCCCUUGACAUGAGCAUCAGAGCUCUCAUGGUCCCGAUGCAGGGCAAGGGCUUUUUUGCUUAUAUUUUUCACUCUGCUAGGCAGUGGCUUCCUCCUAGCAGUGUUCCUGGUGAUGUCACGGGCUCUGAUGGGCAGGCUUUAUUGCUGCCCUAGCUGUUUUACAGGCUGGGGCAACACUAAAGCCCACCCAUUAGUGACAUCAGUGGGCUCACUGCUAGGUGGAAGCCUCGGCCUAGCGUACCCAUGGAGUGUCUGGUACCUCACUGCAUCUCCAGAACAAGCCUUUGUCCUGCUCAAUUCAGCAUCGGAGCAGAGUGGCGGAAGAAGGGGGUUAGGCCCUUUAAGAGCUCAUUUGCAUCCCUGGAUUCCAUAGGAGCAAGGCGCGCACCCCCCCCUAGAAUUAAAGGGAAUGUGUCACCAAAAUGUUACCUGCCAAGCCAGACAGCACCGAGUCUCUAUGUCCAAUCUCUACAUUCUACGGUCUUCGAGGCAUGCUGUGUGAAUUGUGCGGGGAGGUGGAGUAGACAAUCAGACCCUGUCUUAUCUAUACACAGAGGAUUACAAUGGCAGAUAACUGCAGCAGAGGGAUCUGUACAGACCGAUAACUGCAGGAUGUUACGGCUUUUGUUUAAUUAUAGAUAUUGACACUGAAUAGUAAAA